AUGCAAUGUCAUACGAUACCGUUAGUUGUCUAUAGCUUACUUUGUAAGUUGAAAUAUUUGGAAUGUCAUAGAAAAAAAAAACAAAAAAAAAAGAAAGGAAGAGCCUGGUACGCUAUUCUCGGAACGAAGAGUCAAGUCCAUCACGAACCCCCGGGAAUCAUUAGACAACUAUGUAAGCUACAUGUGUACAGCAGUACUUAUCCAAAAAUAAAUUCUCGCCGAGCGUCACAAUAUUUUUACCCUUCACUUCUCGUCUCUUUAUAUCAUAUCAGUGAAUCCCAUCACGUUAAUUUAAAGAAUACCAGUUUAGUAUUUCCUGUGUCAAUGCUGAAAUUCGAUUUUAAAAAUAUAAAUAAAUUGUCCUUGGUGUGCAUAAACAUAACCAAUCAAUAUCGCAUUAAAGACAUCGGAUUUACAGUUCAAUUUCUACUAUUGGACAAAUUGGAGGCUGGAUUCACCAAGCUCCAAAACUCCGACAGCAAAUCUCUGCUGAAGAAACACCUCACCAAGGAAAUCUUCGACGCCCUGAAGACCAAGAAGAGUGGAUUUGGUUGCUCUCUUUUGGACGUCAUCCAAUCCGGAGUCGAGAACUUGGACUCUGGUGUCGGUAUCUAUGCUCCUGAUGCCGAGUCUUACACUCUGUUCGGUGAUCUCUUCGACCCCAUCAUCGAUGACUACCAUGGUGGAUUCAAGAAGACUGACAAGCACCCUCCAAAGGACUUUGGAGAUGUUGAUACUCUUGGCAAUCUUGACCCAACUGGCGAGUACAUCGUAUCAACCCGUGUGAGAUGCGGUCGUUCUCUCGACGGCUACCCCUUCAACCCAUGCUUGACAGAAGCGCAGUACAAAGAGAUGGAAGACAAAGUGUCAAGCACCUUGAGUGGACUGGAGGGUGAGCUAAAGGGAACCUUCUACCCAUUAACUGGAAUGAGUAAAGAAGUUCAACAGAAGCUCAUUGACGACCACUUCCUCUUCAAAGAGGGAGAUCGUUUCCUCCAGGCUGCCAACGCCUGCCGAUUCUGGCCAACCGGUCGUGGUAUUUACCACAACGAUGCUAAGACUUUCCUCGUCUGGUGCAACGAAGAAGAUCACUUGCGUAUUAUUUCAAUGCAGAUGGGUGGAGAUCUUGGACAGGUCUACCGCCGUUUGGUGACUGCAGUAAACGACAUCGAGAAGAGAUUGCCUUUCUCUCACCACGACCGGUUUGGUUUCUUGACAUUCUGCCCAACGAAUCUUGGAACCACCAUCCGUGCUUCAGUGCACAUCAAGGUGCCAAAAUUGGCCGCUAACAAAGCCAAGCUCGAGGAAGUUGCCGGUAAAUUCAACCUCCAAGUUCGUGGAACCCGCGGAGAGCACACCGAAGCCGAGGGUGGAAUCUACGACAUCUCAAACAAACGCCGUCUUGGUCUUACUGAGUACCAGGCCGUUAAAGAAAUGCACGACGGUAUUGCCGAGCUUAUCAAGAUCGAGAAAGAGCUUUAA